CAUAUGUAUUCUGCAGAUGUUAGCUCAGCAGUGUGUGAAGCUGACAUGCUUUAAUGUCCUGUCUUGGUUUGUUAAAGCCAGCAAAAAUGUACGUUACCGUGUCUACCCAUUUUUAGACGUUCAGAACAAAGGCUAUGGUUCGGUGUUGAGCUGAAUAUGUGUUUUUAAGGGAAGACUUGGGAACACGCCCUAGCUGUCUGUACCUACCUGUGUGAAAGGGAAUGCUUUCAACUUGAUUUGAAUGCGAGCACACACCGACACCGGGGAAGUUAACUAUAACUGUUAAUUUGUCACUACAGGUUUCGAGUUUUUUUCCCGCGUUGUAGGUUUUUGUUGGGAAAUGACAAAGCUUUUCUCUACCAGAGCGUGACAAAAAGUCAACUAUGUUUCACACGGUUGACUUGAUCCGCGUUACCCCGGCUGGUGUACCGCUGCUCAGCUGUAAACUGUAACCUGCGGCGGCGGAUGGAUAUGUCGUAGCACUCCCUGCCGCCUCUGAAAACAACCUGUAAACCAGAAAAACGUAAAAAGAAACCCCCUCCUAGUACGCUUUAUGUCAGAUAAAUGUCAUAUGUUGCUGAGCUGAGAGAGAGAGAGAGAGAGAGGUGUUCCGAGGCCACGUUGGACCAGGGAGUUUCCUGUAGUUCCGCCCGCCUGUCGGGUCACAGGUAGGGGGGCUGGAGCUCGACACUACUGGUUAAUGUUUCCUCACCGGGCGCCCCCAGGGACUGCCGACAGCUCGCUGCCCCCGUCAGCCUCCUGAGCAAAAUCGAGCGCCCCCUGGCUCGACAUCACCAAAGCGCCGCGUCUGCAAGCGGCCCAGCUGAGCAGCCUCCGCGUUGCACUGAGGCCGGCCUGCCUGGGCGGGACUCUGUCACCAUGGAUACAGAGUCAACCUACUCGGGGUAUUCCUACUACUCGGGACGCUCCCGGGGAUCCCACAGGCAUGGGGAGCGAAGCCGGGACCGCCACAAAUCCCGCAGCAAAGACAGUCGCUCAGAAAAGUCUGUGACAAUAAACACGCCGCCUGCAGAGCCGCUGCUGGGCGACUCGGCCGUCCGGAGCGAACAGGUCCAGGAUGACAACUGGGGCGAGACCACCACGGCGGUCACGGGCACGUCGGAGCACAGCCUCUCUCAGGAGGACAUCGUCCGCAUCACCAAGGACCUGGAGGACAGUGUGGGUCUGGACUGCCGCCGUUACUUCACCCUGACCCUGGCAGUCCUCAUGGGCCUGCUGGUGUUCCUGACGCCCGUGGCCUUCCUGGCGCUCCCACACCUCCUGUGGCAGGACAAGCUGCAGAGCUGCGGCACGGCCUGCGAGGGCCUCUACAUCUCCGUGGCCUUCAAGCUGCUCAUCCUGCUGCUGGCUGUGUGGGCGCUGUUCUUCAGGCCGCCGCGGGCCGGCCUCCCGCGCGUCUUUGUGUUCCGGGCGCUGCUCGCAGUGCUGGUGCUGCUCUUCGUGCUCUCCUAUUGGCUGUUCUACGGAGUCAGAAUACUCGACUCGCAGGAUGAGAACUACCAAGGCAUCGUGCAGUAUGCCGUGUCCCUGGUGGACGCCCUGCUUUUCAUCCACUACCUGGCCAUCGUCCUGUUGGAGCUCCGGCAGCUCCAGCCGUGCUUCUCUGUGUGCGUCACGCGCUCCACAGACGGAGAGAUCAGGCACUACAACCUGGGACAGCUCAGCAUUCAGCGAGCAGCUCUGGCCAUCCUGGAGCAUUACUACUGCGACUUCCCGGUCCAUAAUCCUGCUCUGCUUUCUGCCUCCAAGUCCCGCGCUGCAAAGCACCUGGCCGGCCUCAAGGUCUACAACGUGGAUGGUGAGUUCCCAGCAGGCACUGCUGACGGUCCUGGGAACAAUGCAGCAGCAGGCAUGGCCCACUCUCAGUCCAGAGCCAUGAUCGCCGCCGCCGCACGCCGCAGAGACACGAGCCACAACGAGCUGUACUACGAGGAGGCGGAGCACGAGAGGCGCGUCCGGAAACGCAGAGCACGCCUGGUGGUGGCAGUAGAGGAGGCCUUCACACAUGUAAAGCGCAUGCAGGAGGAGGAGCAGAAGAAGGCUCCGGGGGACGUGAUGGACCCCCGAGAGGCGGCACAGGCCAUCUUCCCCUCUAUGGCCCGGGCUCUGCAGAAGUACCUGAGGACCACCAAGCAGCAGCACUGCCACAGCAUGGAGAGCAUCCAGCAGCACCUCGCCUUCUGCAUCACCAACAACAUGACGCCCAAGGCGUUCCUGGAGAGCUACCUGUCCCCCGGCCCCACCCUGCAGUACAGCCGGGACCACUGGCUGUCCCGCCAGUGGACGCUCGUCAGCGAGGCGUCGGUCACCAGCGGCCUCAAAGACGGCUCCGUCUUCCUGCUCAAGUGUGCCGACUUUAGCCUGGUGGUGACGUCCAAGAAGAUCCCGUACAUCCAGAUGUCCGAGGAGUACAUCGACCCAAAGUCCCACAAGUUUGUCCUGCGCUUACAGUCUGAGACCUCCGUGUAGGACUUUCUUUUUUUACUACUCACACACCGCUUUGUUUGGGUUUGCAGAUUUUUAUUUCUCCUUUUUUUUAUAUAUAUAUAUAUUAUAUAUGAAGCUAUACACAACACACAUGUUUGAAUAUUUUCCUCUUUUUUACAUUUGUUUUGGAUGAAAACAAGAAAAAGAAGGAAGUCGUUGAACUUGGACGUCCUGGACUUUGUUGUGUGCACAUACUGUGUGUGUGUGUGUGUGUGUGUGUGCGUGCGUGUGCGUGCGUGUGCGUGUGUGCGUGUGCGUGCAUGCGUGCAUGCGUGUGCGUGCGCGUUUCAACGCAAUCAGUCGUUAACUUUUGCAGCCAAACAAAGACGGGAUUAUUUCUCACUUUAUCGUCUCCACCGCUCUUUUUCAUUUCCAUUGGACAGACAAACACAUGAACAACUGAGCACUGUGCUGCUGUGACAUGGAUGUUUUUUAUAUUUGAAGCCUUAUGGAGACACAUGAUAAAUAUCCUGCUGUGUUGCCACAGCGCCUGCAGCGUCUCCUUCCAAACGAAAUGGAAUGCUCUUUUACAAAAGAGACAUGACUCAAUUUUAAAUGGAUUUUGCAUUAAAUGCACAUUUGAUGUUUAUGAAUUGAAAGAAAACACCUAAAAAGGUGGACACACAUCAUCUCCUAUGUGCAGCCGAAGUUGGACUCUUUGACCUCUCUCUGUGCGUGCACCAUUCUUCCUCCAGGUGCAAAAUCCCAAAUAUUUCCACUCCAGUUGGGAACACACAUGCCAUAUUAAACCCGGGGAUGAAACGCUGAAUGAUCCGGAUCACAGGAGACGCUCAGAGGUGGAUCACAUGCCCUCAAACAUUCGCCCCGCUUCAUCGGUUCAGUAACCUUCUCGAGGCUCUCAAGUCUACAAGCGACCGCCUGAUGUGACGGGAAGGAGGAGCCACGAUGUCAGGAAUAAAAAAAUACUACUGAUUACAAUCUGUGUGUUACAAAGAGUGAAGACAUCAUACUGUAAACUCUCAUAUUAAAGAUGAUAUUAAAACAUGCUAAAGCAGGCAGGUAGGGCUGCCGGAUAGCCACGCCUAGUGCCCCAUUUUAUAUAUGCAUACAUUAUACUUCUAUUUCUUUGAGAGAGUCAUGCAGUAAUCACCACUUCAUGAACUUCUCUUUUCCCUUCUUUGAAGAUUGAAGACAUCUUUUGACAUUUUUUCAGUGUUAAUCAGUGUAGAAAACAAGAAACUGGAUGAUGCUGUUAUGUAAUGAUCUCUUAAACUGUCAGACUGAAGUUUCAUUCUGGGUCACUUCACCUGUUUGUGGGGGAAAAAAAAGUUCCACCUGAGGAUUAAAGGUGCACUAUGGAGUUAUGGUAGAGAAAUGUGAAAGUUGGAGAAAUGUACAGAUUCUGUGGUAUAUGUUUAUAACUCUAUAAACAAACUGUCCUCAGAGGAAAAUAUGGUCCGUGGAACUGUUAGAAGAUUAUAAUUAGAGAAUUAUAUGCAAGAUUUAUAUAUUUUAUAUAUAUUUUGGGGGGCCCGCUCCUGGUAGCUUUUUCAGCUCCAAACAGUGUUCAGGGACCCUUUUUUUCUAUGAGUAAAGUUUGUGUAUUCAGUUCAGAAAAUAUAGUAUGGAAUUGUUUCACUUCUCCAACUUUCAAAUUUCACUACAAAAUCUACAGAGUGCAACUUUAAGAUAGUCAAAAAUGUGGACAAUUUUCCACCUCGGUCAUAUUUUGAACACAAAACUGCUGUGAGCAAAAAUCUGAAAACACAAGAGUCCUGGGUGUGUGCUGAUAAAUCACCACACACUUCAGCUGGAGGAAUAUUUGAUUUGUUAUUAGGAAAUUGUCUCAUAUGUGUUUUUGUGAUUUAGACCGAGUGCAGGAGGGGGCUUGCAAUUUUUGGUACUGAUGAUAAAAAAACAAAAAAAACAAGGGACUACCCAAAACUGGGAACCUAGGACUUGUGUUUUUGUUUUUGUUGCUGUGGUAUCGAAACAAGUAUCAAUAUCAUUUACACUACAUCAAGGUUUUAAAAUCUGACUGAGAAAACAAGUUCUAUAUAUUCAGACACUGAGCUCGAUGAAGCCCUUAUGUGAGCGUUUACAGUGUUGAGUGUCUUCUCUGAGGUCACACAGUGUUUGAACGCAUGAAAAUAAGCAGAUUUUUUGUCAGUGUCGAGCUGCAGCAGGGUGGAACCUCCUUCCCAACUGGACCGUCUGGUUUUCCUUCAACAUGUCUCGCUUCUGUCGUCUGACAAACACUUGCUCACAGGGAUCCCUCCACAUUAGACACUCACAGGGAAUUCUUUUUUCUUUCCCUGGAUUAAAAUCAGCUAAUGUUGCAGAGCCAGAAGCUAAGCUAAAGGCACUAAAAUGACAUUUUCAACAUCAUGAGUGACUACUCUGUCCCUGCCUUAACAUGGAAACAGAAUCAAAAAGUCAUACUUCAUGAGGUGUGUUUGUGAGCAGUCAUCCACUACUGCCCCCUGGCUGCUUAACCCAGCAUAAAGCAGCAGCACCAUGUUUUCAUACAAAAAGCAUAAGAAAUAAAUCUUACACUGUAACUUUUCAACUGUUCAAAUCUAAUAGAAAUGUCUUUAAUUCAACACCUGUCAUUUGGUACCUGCUGACAGAUGAACUUUGACCCCGCUGUGACUGUGCCUCCUGUUUUUACACUGUAUCUAUUUAUGUUAACGAGCAUGUAUGUGUGUGUAUGUAUGAAAGUGUGUUUUUGCCAUUCCAGUUCACAUGAGCAGCCUUCUCCCCCUCCCCUCCCGUCACAGAAACGCUCACAGUCCUGCGUCAUGGUCUGGUUUAUGUCGGGACAGCUUUACCAAUAUGACUCGACAUUUGCAAUAUAAGACAUGUUCGUCUCACAGCGUAGACGUUUGUACAAAAAAUGAAUAAACAUUUUUAUGAACAUUUGUAAAA